AUGGCCGUCAUCUCACCUUUCUAUCAUCCCUACAUUAUGGAAGACAUGAUCACCCCGGCCCGGUCCUCGUCUGGACGUCCUCGCGCCGCGACCGAGUACGACCUCUGUGUGUCACCUGCGAUGCUCUCCUAUGCGCUGCCGCUCGAGGUCCCGAGACCUCCGCGCCUGGAAAUCACCACGCGAGCCUUCCAGACGACCGCACGUCCCUUGCACACCUACACCGCCUCAAGUUUAUCUUCUCGCACCAAGCAUAGGCCUAGCCCUUCAGCGUCAUCUUCGAGCCUUGGACCACUCGUACAUGAGGUCCCAUCGAGGUUGGGCUGCUCCAUCUCGUCGAGAAAUUUAGGCCCGGCGCGCGAUCUCACGAUGUCUCGUCGCUCUUCCUCGUCGUCCUCCACAAUUACAACCGGAAUGAUGAGCCCACCUCACAGUCCAGGGAUACAUUCGCCACUAUCACGAGCCGUCACAGAAGCCGAAGUGCUCGCUGCUCGCAUGUUGCCGUCCCGCAAGGCCUACACCUCGAAACUCGCCUCGCCCACGUCGCCCGUCUCGGUCGCUCCUAUCCUCGCGCCCAAUUCGCCGGCCUUCUCAAGCGUGAGCUCAUCACCUUCGCCGCCGCCAUUGGGAUCACCGACGAUGAAGUACAAAAAGCCCGAUGCCGAACUCGACAGGUGGCUGCAAGCACUAUCGGUUGCUCAAUCAAGGGCAGAUUCUCGACUUCCGUAA